AGUGCACCUGGCUGGCUCAUCCAUUGAGUUCUCAAGCUUUUCAGAAGCUUUCAUCUGAAAAUGUCCUGGUACCAGAAGUGAAAACGGGCCAAAAAUCCCCCAAAGUACCAAACCAGAGUAGAACUGGAUCAGUACCACAGGAAGUCUGCUUAGAAGAGACUUGUGGACUGGAUCUGGAGGUUUAGCAGAACUGGGUCAGUGGUUCUGGACUAGGUCCGGAAGAGAAACCCACACAUGUGGACAGCUGCCCACUUCUGGGACCCCUCCAGGGUGAGACCUAACCCAGGAAGUGGGGUCAGAACCGGGUUUUUUGUUUGUUUUUGUUUUACUUAAUCAGCUAAUGAAUUUGCAAGACCGGUGGUGUGGGCGGAGCCUGUGACUAAACUAAUAAGCCAGUUAAACCAGUCAGCUGAUUUCCAGCUCACAGCGCCCCCUCGCGGUCUUUCCAAACUUUCUUGCCGCUGUUACUUCCUGUUUUGUCCGGUGUGGUUCCCCGGCGGCGUCUCCGUGUCUUUGUUCGCGGGACACGUUGUCCUCUAUCCGCUUUGGUACCACCGGACUCACCGUGGACCUCCAGCUGACCUCUGGUUCUACCGGAAGCUACCAAACUCCGUGACCCGGACGUGCAGCAGGGGGCCGGCGUGAUACUGCAGGAGGAGCCGGGUUCGGCACGGACCCGUCCGGUUCUGUUGUCCUGAUGGAUUUUACCUAAAUGUGGACUUGAGGCUAAUUAAAGCGUUCGCCGAUUAGCCGGUUCUGCUAACCGGCGGAACUAGUUUAAUUAGUUCUCGGAACCGCCGAUGAUCUGACCUCUAACACUAGACCUGGUUCGGUUCUGAUUUCCAGGGCAGGAUCCGGAUUGGGUUCUGCUGAGUUCGUGUUCUUCAGGUGUUUUCGUUCGAUCUGGUUCACAGAUCCGAACCGCACCUGAAACUGGUUCAGCUCGGAUCUUACUGAACAUGUCAGGUGUUUGUUUUUGGUAGAACUGGUUACGGUUCUGGUUUUCUGUUGGUUUAAAUUGGGUUAAAUCGGACCGAACCGCUUCCGUGGUUCUAGUUGGGUCCGGGUCUUACACGUCCUACCUUUAAAUCGGUUGAAGGAGUCUGAUCUGGACCCAGCCCGGUAGCGAUGACCCUCUUCAGUCCACAACUUUAAAGUCAUACUCCGGGUUUGUUCGGUACCGUUGGUCCAGGUCUGACCUGGGUCUGAUCCAUUAUGGCCGAGCUCCACCAGGCCCCCACCUCUCUGUGCUGCUGCCGGAAGUCUCUUCCGGUGUCUGGGGGCCCCUUUGCUGGGGACAAGCAGCCCUCUGCUAGUCCGGGACCCAGGGUCUCACGUGGUCCUCUGGUGGACGUGGCCUCCGUGUCCAACUUCAGGUGCUUCCAGCUGUGCCACCUCCACCUGGACCUGAAGCUGAAUUUUGCAGUGAAAGAAAUGAGCGGCUGGUUGGUCCUGGACUUGGUUCCGGUCCAGCCGGCAGUGUGCACCUUGGUUCUGGACUCUCACCCGUCCCUCUUGAUCCACUCCAUAGACUGUAAGGUCCCAGAGGACGGGCAGGAGGCCCCGGUCUCCCUCACAUACCGGGUGGAUCCGUUCACAGACUACGGCUCGUCCCUCAGCAUCAGUCUGCCCUCUGGGACCGUCAAACCUGGCAGACGGAUCCAGAUCACGAUCCGGUACACCACCACGGACGGCCCGGCGAUCUGGUGGUUGGACUCAGAACUGACUUGUGGACAGUCUUGUCCUCUCGUCUUCACUCAGGGACACUCGGUGUGUAACCGCUCCUUCUUCCCAUGCUUCGACACGCCUGCCGUGAAGAGCACGUACACGGCAGCCGUCCGGGUCCCAGAGGGCAUGACGGUUCUCAUGAGUGCGUCUCAGAGUUCCUACUCCAAACAGGACCGGAUCUUCCAUUUCUCCAUGGAGUUCCCGGUCCCUUCCUACUUGGUGGCGCUGGUGGCCGGGCAGCUGGAGCACGCGGACCUGGGCCCAAGGAGCCGGGUGUGGGCGGAGCCAUGUCUGCUGUCGUGCGCUGUGAAGAAGCUGGGUGGCAGCGUGGAGCACUGGCUGGAUGUGGCCGAGGACCUGUUUGGACCUUACCUGUGGGGCAGGUGUGACAUCGUCUUCCUCCCCCCCUGCUUCCCUAUUGUUGCCAUGGAGAAUCCUUGCCUCACCUUCAUCAUUGCCUCCAUCAUGGAAAGCAGUGAGUUCUUGCUCAUCGACGUGAUCCACGAGAUCGCUCACGGCUGGUUCGGGAACGCCGUGACCAACGCCACCUGGGAGGAGAUGUGGCUGAGCGAAGGCCUGGCCACCUACGCUCAGAGGAGGAUCACCACCGAGGCCUACGGUGAGGCCUUCACCUGUUUAGAAACUGUGGUGCGACUGGAUGCUCUCCACCGACAGCUACGUGUCCUCGGAGACAACAGCCCUGUGAGCAAACUGCAGGUUAAGUUUGAUCCAGGUGUGAACCCCAGUACUCUGAUGAAUCUGUUCACCUACGAGAAAGGCUUCUGCUUUGUGUCGUACCUGUCAGAACUCAGUGGAGACUGCAGGCACUUUGAUCACUUCCUCAGGGACUACAUCUUGGAGUUUAAGUUUAAGAGCGUGGUUGCUCAGGACCUCAUCGAUUACUUCCUGCGUUACUUCCCGGAGCUUCAGGACGCCGCCGUCACUCAGAGAGAAGGUUUGGAGUUUGAGCGCUGGCUGAGCGGCUGCGGGCCCCCUCCAUUCGAGCCGGACCUUUCAGCCGGUGCCACUCUGAUCGGCCCGGUUCAGGAUCUGUGCAAGCUGUGGGGAAGCUCCGCCCCCCCUGACCGGCAGGCAGUCACUCCCUUUGACCUGUCAACCUGGAGCACCUUCCAGGUGGUUCUGUUCCUGGACCGUAUGUUGGACCAUUCACCGCUUUCUCAUGAGGUGAUGGGGAGUCUCUCCGGUUCCUACUCCUCCCUGUUUGAUGGUCUGAAUGCUGAGGUUCAGAUCCGCUGGCUGCAGCUGGUGGUGAGGAACACGUUCUACCCGGACCUGCCGCGGAUCAGAACCUUCCUGCACAAACACACCUCCAGGAUGUACACCGUGCCUCUGUAUGAGGAUCUGGUUGCCGGGGUGAUGAAGUGCAUUGCCGUGGAGAUCUUCUAUCAGACGCAGCAGCGCCUUCACCCAAACCUCCGACGGACCUUACAGCAGAUCCUGUUCCCGAGCAGUUCAGUCACAGCCAAUCAGAAUAGCCCGGUCCCGCCCACAGUGGCCCACCCCUUACCCUCCAGCUCGCCGACACCUGCUGCCACGGCAACCGCCUCUGCCGCUGGGACGACCGCCACUGUUUCACUGAGGGACGUCAAUGUUUCUGCGUGAAGACCAGAAGGUUCAGAACCAGAACUCGUUGCAGAACCAGUCUGAGUCAUCGCGACUCCUGCGAUCAGCUGUGGGAGGGUCAAAGGUCAGAUGGUGUCGUCAUCAUCCUGAACAAAAAUGGAUCAGAACCACAGCUGUGGGUUUUGUUAAUUUGAUGGCAGCAGGGAGGGGUUCUGACCCACUCCGCCGUGGACUUGAUCGAUCAGAACCAAGAGGAUAGAAAUUCUUUUUAGCUUUUAGUUUUUAACUGGAAACCCCUUCAGAGUUUAUCCUGAAGGUGUCUGUGAUCCCGAGCGGAUCCCGGUGAUCCUGUCUGCCUGUUGGCUGAACACAAACACCUGGCGACAGGUGAGAACUGCCUUUAUGCUCCCUGCCUGUAACGCCACACUGGACCCCCUAAACCACUCCUGAAGUGGUCCAGACCGGUUCCAUGAGGACCUUCAGAAGAUCCCAGCACCAGCAUCCCCCACCUCGUGGCCUUUAGAGGACCUCAGACGGGUUCUCCUGACUCACUCGCUUUGUCCAGCUGAAAGUUUCCUCAGAAACCCUGAAGAGUUUGGUUGGGGCAGCGGAACCCGACUUCGGAGCGUUGGUGUUUUUUGGUGACAUUGAACGCCUCACCAAACAGGAAACCAAACCAACAUGGAAAUGCUGCAAUAAAAUCUGUUCAAAUAAACCGAACAAGUCUUGGUUAAAGACUCUUGUUCAGUAAAAGGGCAGGAAUCUCCUUCAUCGUUGUUUGUAAACAAACUUAUUUAUUCUGUUUUUCUCUAACAAGUCAAGCAACAAAUCAUUUUUAACUUUUUUCUAUAUUUUAAUAAAAUAUUUAAUGUCAAUAAAGUUAUUUUUUAUAA